AAAUUAUAUAUGGUGGAGUUGAGGGAAGAAGAAGGUAAACAGAGAAAAUGGGGAUAUUGAAGAUGAUUUUGUCAAUUAUAUUGAGUGGGUUUGUAGCUUUUGCGUUCCAUGUCUACCGUGUUUUGGUUGUGAAGCCACAGAGGCUAAGAUCAAAGCUUCAAAACCAAGGGAUCAGAGGCCCAUCUCCUUCUGUUCUUUUAGGGAAUAUCUCUGAAAUGAGAAGAAUGGUUCAAGAUCAAGAUCAAGCUCAAACUCAAUCAACUCAACCUGCUAUUUCCCAUGACUGCCCUUCCACCGUCUUCCCAUAUCUUCAGAAGUGGAGAAAUGAAUAUGGCCCAGUGUUUGUGUAUUCGACUGGAAGCAUACAGCUAAUAUGCGUAGCAGAUACAGAGAUGGCCAAGGAGAUAAGCUUUUCUACUUCUUUAAGCUUAGGGAAGCCCUCGUAUCUAUCCAAAGAUCUUGGGCCUUUGAUGGGCCAAGGUAUUCUAUCCUCAUCCGGCCCAAUCUGGGCUCACCAACGAAAGAUUAUUGCUCCAGAAUUAUACCUUGAUAAAGUUAAGGGCAUGGUGAAACUGAUGGUCUAUGCUACAGUUUUGACAUUGAAAUCGUGGGAGAAUAAAAUCGAGAAUGGUGGAGGCAGUGCAGAUAUAAAAGUCGAUGAUGACAUGAGAAGCUUGUCUGCUGAUAUAAUUUCCAGAGCUUGUUUUGGAAGUAGUUACUCCAAAGGGGAAGACAUCUUCUCAAAGCUUAGAACUCUCCAAAAAACAAUGUCCAAGGUCGGCAUUGGAAUUCCUGGCUUAAGGUAUUUGCCCAUCAAAAUCAACAGAGAGAUAUGGAAACUAGAGAAAGAGAUCCACUCCAUGAUAUUAGAGGUGGUAAGUGAACGUGUUAAGGGUCCAUAUGAGAAGGAUCUUUUACAAAUGAUACUUGAGGGUGCUCAAAAUUACGUUGAUGACAGCAAAUUAAACAUGGUUUCUCAAGACAAGUUUAUAGUGGAUAAUUGUAAGAAUAUUUACUUUGCUGGCCAUGAAACCACUGCCAUCACAGCUUCUUGGAGCUUGAUGUUGUUAGCUGCAAAUCCGGAUUGGCAAGCUCGUGUUCGCGCUGAGGUGCUUCAAAUUUGUAAAGAUGGCGCCCUUCCAGAUGCUGAUAUGCUUCGAAAUAUGAAAACUCUUACCAUGGUUAUUCAAGAAACAUUACGAUUAUACCCACCUGCAGUGUUUGUGGUAAGAGAGGCCUUGGAGGAUAUAAAAUUCAAAGAAAUUGUGAUACCAAAAGGAAUGAACAUUCAAAUUCCCAUCCCAAUGUUGCAACAGAACACUGAACUGUGGGGGCCUGAUGCGCACGAGUUCAAUCCCGAAAGAUUUGGCAAAGGAAUUCUUGGGGCUUGCAAAUUUCCACAAGCUUACAUUCCUUUUGGAGCGGGGUCUCGCACCUGCGUAGGCCAAAACUUUGCAAUGAUAGAACUCAAGGUUAUUCUGUCUCUCAUUCUAUCAAAGUUCUGCUUUUCGCUCUCUCCAGCAUACCAUCACUCACCUGCCCUUAGGUUGGUUCUAGAACCAGGAAAUGGAGUUCGUCUUAUCGUCACACCCCUGUGAACAGUACUUAACUAUUUAGUUUCGUCUUUAUCAGAUAAAUAAAUUGCAACUUUCCUUGAUUGGUUAAAUGAAAUGUGGUGUGGAAAUGAUUCAAAUA